GACGUCACACAUACUGUUAAUGAAUGUGUCUUGAUAACAUUUAUUUGUCAUUUCGCAAGAUAGUAAACAUAAUAAAUAUCACAUUUUCAUAGGUAUAUUCAAAUUGAUAAAAUCUUUUGAAGCAGAAAUAACUAUUGUGUUAAAGAAAUAUUCAAGGUUACUAAAGUUUAAAAAAGAAAUAAACAUGUCUCUUUACCCAUCAUUAGAAGAUAUGAAGGUUGACCAGAUGGCUCAGGCCCAAAGGCAACAUGAGACAGCCCAAGCACCUAUAUCAUACCCAGGGCAGGCGCCACAACAGUACCCACCACCAGCAUAUCCUCAAAUGGCUUCAGCUGGUAGCUCUGGGAGCUUGUACCCAACAUUGGAUGAGUACAUGGGUCUCCAGUUAACUCCAGCUUUCAUCCAACAGAAUAUACCAGCCUCUGAUCAGCAAGUUGCUAUACCACAGACACGGCCCAGCAACAUGCAAGUAGCCCCUGUAAGUGGCAACAAUACAGGAAUCAUGAGAGCUGAAAUCAAGCAAGGAAUCAGAGAAAUUGUUGCUUGCAAAGAUGGUGAAGGGAAAAUUGGACUGCGUAUCAGACAUGUUAACAAUGGUUUGUUUGUGGCUCUGGUACAGCAGAACUCGCCAGCCGCUCUUGCAGGUCUCAGGUUUGGGGACCAAAUUUUACAGAUCAACGGCCAAAAUGUUGCUGGUUGGGAUACAGACAAGGCUCACAAGGUGCUUAAACAGGCUAGUGGAGACAGGAUUUCGUUUGCUGUUAGAGACAGACCAUUUGAAAGGACCAUCACAAUGCAGAAGGACAGUAAUGGUUACAUCGGGUUUGUGUUCAAGGAUGGUAAAAUCAAGUCUCUAGUGAAGGAUUCAUCCGCAGCAAGGAAUGGUGUGUUAACUGAGCAUCAGUUGAUUGAGGUCAACGGUCAGAAUGUUGUUGGUGUUAAGGAUAAGGUAAUCAGUGAGAUAAUGGAAGCAGGUGGACGUACUAUCACCAUCACAGUGAUGCCUUCAGUUAUAUAUGACCAUAUUGUCAAAUGUAUGGGUAACAGCAUUGUGAAAAAAUUCAUGGACCAUUCCAUACCAGAUCUGUAAAUGUUUGUGGUACAUUGAACUUGAAAUAUAACAGUCUUAGCACUGGUGGUAGACUUCUUUCCAUGUGAAUGUAAUGGAGAUAAUCUAAACCAACCUAAAACAUUAAUUAUCUCUCGACUAUCUACUGAAAGAAGUGUGUGUGAACCUCUUCUUUGAUUUAAGAUCUUUCUUGGUAUUGAUUUGAUUGCACUCUCUCUGAAUCAAAUCUGUUAUUGAAUUUAUAGUCAUUGUGUGGUUUGUAAUAGAUUCAGUAGAGAAAUAAAAAAAACAAACACAAGAACUAUCAGCAACAACACCAGAACUAUUUACAGCAACACAAGAACUAUUUACAGCAACACAAGAACUAUUAAACAAUUAGGUUUAAGUGAAGGAGACAAUUGAAUAACUACACUACACCUACAUGGAAUAAUAGAACUGCACACAAAAAGAAUGUAACUGAAAAUUUUUAAGAAAUAAUGCCCAAGUCCUAACCAACAAUAUUACAACCAAAAAAGAGAUCAGGAAAUGAAAUUUUAUUUUCUGAAAACUGCUUUGAUUGCAAACAUACAGGAAUACUUCCUGAUUGUAUAGCUACACUUGUUAUAGUGUAACACUUGUCCUUCCCUAAAUAACUCUAACACUAUCAGUUUCUGUACCAGGAUACACUUGCAUGUUACACAGAAUAUUAGAUCAAUAAGUUAGAUGUUGAAACCACUGAACAGAUCAAAUUGCAGAUAUAUUCAUCAUGAAUAUAUAUGAAGUUAUUGUAUAAUGAUAACCAAAACAGCUAACAGUGUAUUAGCAAAGAUAUUUUUUAUUAUCUUGUGAUAACACUUCAUUGUAUAUAUAUAAAUAAGUACCGAGUCAUUGUAAAUAAUAAAAAAAAUACAACAUUUUUUUUACUAGUAAAAUUUAAAUUGUUUAUCAUAUGAAAUGUUCCAUAAGUUAGAGAUGUCCCACUUAUCGGUUUAUUUAAUAUCAAACACACUUAAGAUAAAUCAUUGUGGUUUAAUAAUGAUAAUGUCAUGUGCCCCUGACUGUACUGGUUGGGGGUUUAUUUUUAGGACAAGGUGAGUAAUCUCCGUCAUGUGUUAUCAGGUGGAUAGAUUAAUUCUGUUUUAUGUCUGUCACUCCGUACUGAUAAAGCAAAAUAAUUUACCUGUACCGUAUUUACCGUAAAUAUGCCCUGGAGACGCAUAUGUCAAACUUACUCUAUAAGUAUAAGGGCAUAAUUGAAAUAAUUACAUUGAAUUGUUUAGUUCAUAGACUCAUAGUUGAUACACUUAUUAGGUAUGAAAUAUUUUUGUAGUGAACUAGAAUAAAAUUGUGUAUCCUGGUAGCAUAAUUUUGAAAUUUCAUUCAUUUUUCUCAUGAAAUUUCGUUACAUAAUUAAGUAAUUAAAAACUUCUUUGAUUUAUAAGAUGGCGUUACAUCUAUGUAUUCUAACAAGAUUGAACUUUUUUUUCUGAAGUUUCUUCUUGUGUAUUUUUAUAUGAUUGUGCUAUGUUGUUUUUUCUCUAUAUUUUUGCAUGUUUUGUAUUAAAAUUACAUUUUCGUUUUGUAUUUUAUCUUUGAUGUUAUUAUGUUUUGAUUAAAAAUCCAUAUUUUGAUGUAUUUUUGUUGAUUUGUAAAUUAAAGCAAAAAAAAAUGUUCAAAAUCCUGGGAAGGUGGUCAGUCAUAUUUAAGCCAAAACACUGCACUGGUUUGUUUGAAUUUAAAUGUGGCAUGCCUCCUAACAAGUUGAAUUAAUCCUCCAAAGAUCAUACUUGAAAAAAAAUAUAUUUAUAGUUUAAGAAAUUUAUAGGUAUUCACAAUAUGGGCGAAAUUUUGAAUGUUUUAAACAAAAUAUGAUAUAAUUUACUGUCUAUGUCACCAGAAUUCUACCCCAUAAUUCUAAUAAUGGAAUAAGGGAAAAUCGUUAAUAUUUGACCCUAAUUGUAGAUAAUUUCUUGGAAAAGUUAGUGUGUAAGGCUAGGUUAAGUCACUUAAUUUGAAUACUCGACAAUAUUUUUAUUCACUUGAAAUAAUUUACAACAUUUUCAUAAAACAUUAAGUCAAAUCUGGAAACAUGCUGCUUCAAACUGUUAUUUUUUAUGCUCAAGAAACUUAUGAAUUGAAAGACAAUUGUUUAGAUUUCUUGCUCAAUUUAAGAAAAUAUUUAGUAGAAAGGAAAAUUAUCAUCUAGUACUGGCAGUUUGGUAAACGUCUCUUAUAGUAAAUGAACUUGCCUCACCAGAAUUUAUUGUUAAUAAAAUGGAUUUAGCUCUAUAUUAGACAGUUACUCUUUGACUGUACUGGAAAGAGCAAAUGAAGGACAUUAUAGCCUCUUGUACAAGAUGUAAAGUUUGAUAGUUUAAACUAUUGAUAGUAAGUACUAUUGAUAGUACUCAUUAAGUCACUGUUAAAAAUGUUAAAUAUAUUUUUUUCCCUCCAUAUGAGUUAAUGACAAGGUUGUUUUUAUCUUAAACUUGAUUGGCCACCUUUCACUAGUUAUGUAUGUAUAUAAUCAUGUUUGGAGAAAAUGGGGACAUGCCAUGUAUGAAUGAAAAGGUCAAAUGCCAAAUGGCCUUGUUGUUUAAAAAAUUGUAACUUUAAAGGGACUCCACUGAGGUUUCUUGACAUGGCAUUACUGGAAAUAAAUUGCCUUAAUUAAUAUUCCAAAUGAAAUAGAUCUAGACCAAUAAUUUAUGUGCAACAUUACAGCUCCUUUUCUCACUCUGUUUAUCCAGAAUAUUAUUUCAUUAUUCAUAUCGUGAAAAAUGACCCAAUUGAAAAGCGAUACAUAAAUCCAGCUAAUAUUAGCACUAAGGUACAAUUUUCAAUGUAUGUCUAAGUAUAAUUCUUUAUUUUCUUUUGAAUAUCUUUCUGUUUAAGUGACCCAGUUGAUCUAUGUAAGAAAUUCAAACUAUCUGUUAUUAGGCUUUUGAACCUCAGUGGAAUUCCUUAAAACCCUAAGGAAGAUAGAAAAGGGUAGAUAGGGAAUAAUUUCUAUUGUCAAUGUUCGACAGGAGAUUUUCUAGAUGAAGAAAAACAUGUGUGAAGAAAAGUAGUCAGUUACCAUGAGGAAACCCCAUUUCUUCUUAUCCAUCAUUUAUUUAAAGUCUCUGUGAUCAUUGAACAGUGUGCACACAAAUUUACUUUCAUCUGAGCUUAAUGCAAAGGUCACAUUUUAAGUGAUUGUAACCACAUGCUGUAUAUUGCUUAAAAGUUAAUUAUAUUGUUAACAGUAUACUAAAUGCUUAUAAAGCCACCUUAGUGCAGUAAUAGGUUAAUUAAGUCCUAAAUUAAAUAGGAGUUAACCAGUUAUUGCACUAAGGUGACAAUAUGACUUCUGCUGCAAUUUAAUUGUAAAAUUUCAUCUAUUGAAACAAAUAUAUGAUGUUUAAAUGAACAGUUUUCAUAUAAUACUGUACAAAUUCAACAAAAACUAUACUUAUUUAUCAAAAAAAAUCAAAAAAAUCUGUUAACUUGUUUUCCUGGAUCUGUGUUUUCUCUUCUUUGACAUUAAAAUCAAUGCUAGUACUAGUACUGUUUUCAUGUAAUUAUCAUAAAAUAUUUAUCGUAUUAUUGAAUUUUUGAUGAUCACUUUGAGCAAUGUAACAUUUGUAUAGUGCCGUUAAGGGAAUUUAAGUGUGAGCUUAAUUGAUUAGAUAAAUAUAUACUAGUAUGAUGCCGUGUCAAUGCAGUGUCAGUUCACAGAAAUGUCAAGGACACCAAGCAAUGCCCUUCAAUGCAAAAUGUCAAGGACACCAAGCAAUGCCCUUCAAUGCAAAAUGUCAAGGACACCAAGCAAUGCCCUUUCAAUGCAAAAUAGAGGGAAUAUUUUCUUACACUUUCCAACCACUGUUUUGUAUAGGAGUAAAACAAUACACCAUUGUUUGUUGGGUCUUUUUAUCAUGUUAUGUAAAGUUGAUACUGUUCAUGUAUGUUACAGUUUGUACACAUCUGUUCAUUCUUGUAGAUUAAAUUAAUAUUUGAAAUA